UCCCAAUCCUGGUCGCGGAGUUGUUGCGCCAGCCCACACCCGCACCAACCCUAGCCGCCACACCUCUCCUUCCUCCCUCGCUCGACAGCGCUGCACCCCCUCCCUCCUUGCUGCUCGUCCGGAUAGCCGCCAGCCGCGGCAUCCCUUCUCCCCCUUCCUCCUCCUUCCUCCUUCCCGCUGGCGCCGACAGCGCGACCACGCCCUCCUCCGGUCCUUCCUCCCCCCCGCAGCCAGGAGUCGAGCCCUCGUCGCGAGGAAACCACGGAAGGAGGAGCUCAACCGGGCGUCACCGGCCGGAGAAGGAGGACAGUCGCGGAUGCCUGCCAAGGAGGCGGAUCGGCUCGCCUCCGUCGUCAAUACAGCCGCCGCGCCACCACCCUCCUCUGCCAGUUCUUUCGGCGAGAUCCACCGUCUCCUGAGGUCCUUAUCCACCCCAGCUCGCGAGGAAGCCUCGGGAGGAGGCGAGCCCUCGUCGCGAGGAAGCCGCAGAAGGAGGAGCUCAACCGGGCGUCGCGGGCCAGAGAAGGAGGAGAGGCGCGAAUGCCUGCCAGGGAGGCGGAUCGGCUCGUCUCCGCGGCUGGAAAGGCUCGAUGUAAAGACUCGGCAUCUAUUCGUCUUGGUACAAACUAAUGUUCUAAUAAGUGUCCAUCUUGGUUCUGGUGAAUUGAUUUGGGGAACUCUUGAAAUCUGUUUCUUGUAUAUUGGCCAUGAUAACUCUUCACCUGACAUUCUACAAUGGCUUCCAGCCAGGGUUUUCUUGUUGCUGCUAUUCCUCGUGGAUAUUCAAGAGGCAACUUGGCACCUAAUGUCAACAUCAUGCUUAUUGGUGACGAGUGAAAUGAAAGAAGGCUGCAAUGGAAUUUGGAUUAGGUAUGUUUCUCCCUCUUCUCAACUCUCUCAAUCUUCAUCCCAAUUCCCGCCGAUAGUGAUUGAUAUGGGUCUGUAGCUACGUUCAAAUAUUUUCUUCCUUUCAUUAAGCAACUUCCCUCGAAAAAUAAUGUUUCAUCGUUGAGCCUCUUACAGACUACAAUACCUAUUACAGACUACAGACCACAGCUUACCUGUAACUCCAAGUCCUAUCACAAUCUUGGUGGAAUCUGAAAGACAUAACGCAUAUGCACCAAUAGACCAAAAAAUCCUCUCUAUUAUAAAAUAGAAGAAUUAACAACUUAUAGUACGCAGAAAAUAGUGGUAUUAGUUGAAACACCAUUGUAAAGAGCAAUUUCAGUUUAUUGAAGAUUCUGUCCCCUGUGGUAGGCUUUCUUUGCAAAUUCUUUAGCUUAAUUGAUGUGUACUCAUUGUAAUUUUCAGUAGCAAGUGCAUCACGUAUUUGGUUAAUGCACUGUUUUUUAUUUUCCAUCCAUAAUGAUAUUUGAAGACAAGGAAUUAGUAUGUUAUGCUUUUGGGGGUUCAAACACUUGGAUAAGAUUAAACACAUGUGCUAAAUUGGCAGUCCUUCAUCCAAAUUUUCUUGAUAAUGAUACACCAUUUGGCGACAAGUUCUCUACAAAACUGGUAUUUUUAUGACACAUGGUCGUGUAGCUGUGAUCAGAAAACGAGUUAAGAUAUAGUGGGAAAGGGACCAGAAAUGUGGUCUGUAUGACCGAAAACAUCCUAAACAAGUGAACAUAUGGUUGUUUAUUAUUUAUUAUUUUGCUCUGUUAACUAUCUGAACUCUUCUGACGGCCAUUUGUUCUCUAUUGUAUUUCUUUAGAAGUUUCUCCAUGAUGGCCUUUUCCACCUAGAAAGAGCAUCAAGGCCGUUGACCCCGUUUUUGUUCUAUAGGCAUUUGUUCUUCAAAUGAGGCUCCAACCUGAGCAAGGGCAUGGUUUGCAGAUGAUGUAUCUGCUUUAUGUGUGUCAGAAGAGCCCUCCGACGCCCAGCCGUCGGUGUCUCUUCCCGAAGAAGGAUCAUGGUUCCCCACCUCUCUACAACUCAUAUUAAAAUUUUGGUAUAUUCUUUUCUUACUUUAUAGCAAAAGAGCCCGUGCGUUGCAACGGGGUAAUAAGAUUAUGUUUCGCCACUUAUCACAAUUGCUCCAUCUCGUCAUUGUCAUCAACCUAUUCAUCCUCCUGCCCUUUUGGAAGUUUCCUUUCGCCCUUUUGCAACUUUUAUUAUGUACACGGCCUUGUGGUUUCCGUCAUCAUACUGAGCAAAUGCCAGUUAGAAAGGAGAGGUGAAUGUGAAGGCCUACUCUGAGUGCCAUCUUAAUAACUGGAGCCUCGAUCUGUUUUACUUUCCUUGUCAGCAAAAUUAAUGAUUUUGAUUUGCUUGUAUCUGGGUUAUAUAACCAAAUGCUCCUCUUGAAGCUAGUGUUCACAUCCCUUGAUGGUAAUCAUUAUAACUGCAAUAGAAGGCUGUGAUGUUGCAUCGUAUAUAUUUGGGUGGGAUCAUGCACAUGGAAAAAUUUGGUACCAACGAUGGUGAAGGGUAAGAAAGAUGUAGGUUACAUAAAAAUAUAUUCAACUUGAAAAAUGGUACUCGCUCUUUAAAGAAAUAUAAGAGUGCUUCAAUUAUUUACAGAGGGAGUACGUGUCAAAUACUGUAUGGUCGGUAGAAAGCAUCUACCUAGCUUUUGCGACAUCCGUUACUGCAGGUGUUGUUGCAGCCAGUUGGUCAGCAGGCAAGGGCAUGUACAUCAGCUUGAGCUCUAAGCAAAGAAGAUAUGUGAGGGACCGAUUCAACGGGGAUGACCGUGUCUGCCUCCCAUCGAGACAACUGCUUCUCCUGUGAGCUCCCACUCGAGGGAAGCGAGGCAUGUGGAGCCAGCUUGGUUCUCAACAUCGGCAAGCUCCCCAUCUCGUUGUAAACUUGUAGACUAAUCAAUGCCAAAUCACAAGUAUGUUUAGGGCGAUCAAAAGUUGCCGUAGUAGUACUUCUUGUGUCGGUCUCUCCAUGGAGUGCAUAUACGUAUAAAUGGUAUAAUCAAUCACAAGAUGACCAACUCCCCUAUGCUAAUAUGUGCAUACGAUGUGAUCAUCGAGGGUCCUUUAUACCAUUGAUGAUUGAUUGAUGGAAGCAAUGGCUGAUGCGAUCAAUAUAGUGGGGUACUAAUGUGCCCGUUCGAAAACGUGUUGCAUGGCGUCUAGAUCCAUGCGUCCACAUGCUAGGGCUGCCGCUGAAGGCGACGACAAGCGGCCCUAGCGACAAAUUUGCUGAGGCGAGCCUAUUUUUUAAGAAGCGUGUUGGUUCUGAUAUUUUUGUACAUGUGUAUAUCUAGUCCUAUGUCCACGUUCAACAGAUUCAGAUGGAAUAUCAAAGGGAGAUGAGCGAAAAAACCGCGUGUAUCGUCUGUGCCUGACUCGGACCAAUGCGACGUAAAACAUUAGGCCGACGAAAGGAUUUUUCAGGUAUGUAUGUAUAUUUAAAAUUUAUACACAUUUUCAGGUUUUUUUUUCAUAUAUAACAUGUUAUAUUUUGAGUUAGUGUUUGAUAGAUAAAUAUUUUGAAGACCAUUUUAAUCCGUGGGACGUAAAAAAUUAGGCGGGCUAAAGGAUUUUUCAGGUAUGUAUGUAUAUUUAAAAUUUAUACACAUUUUCAGGUUUUUUUUUCAUAUAUAACAUGUUAUAUUUUGAGUUAGUGUUUGAUAGAUAAAUAUUUUGAAGACCAUUUUAAUCCGUGGGACGUAAAAAAUUAGGCCGGCGAAAGGAUUUUUCGUAUGUAUAUUUAAAAUUUAUACACAUUUUUCUUAGUUUUUUUUUCAUAUAUAAGAUGUUACUUUUUGAGUUAGUGUUUGAAAGAUAAAUAUUUUGAAGACCAGUUUAAUCUGUCAGAAAAAAGAAAAAUUAAACAGGAAAAAGGUGAAAAAAGUUGAGAGGGCAGGGGAUCGAACCUGCGUCUCCCCGGUAGAAGACCCACGCUCCAGCCAACGCAAUACCUGAAUCCUUCUUUUGCAUUAGAGACAACCAACUAAAUAAACCAGAGACCACUGCCGCGACUUGUGAAAGAAAACUGAAUCGUUUUUCCUACUUAUAGGUGGCAUUGGUGGGUAAUAUUUAGCAACUUUAGGGGCAAAUUAUAUGACGUACCACCAGAAGCAAUAUCUGCUUUAUUAUUAGGGGAGAUUUCCUGUGAACAAAAAGUUGGAACCUAUUCUUAAUUUCCCAUAGUGGUUUUGAUGGUAUUUGGUCAGUGUGUUCCUGGCUGGAAUUGCAUGUAUAUCUUACAGAUUUACAUUGCAACAAUUAAUAAGGAGAAUAGAAGCAUUUGCAUCCUCUAAUACUUUGCGUGCCAUGCUUAGCGAGAAUUCAAAAUAGUGACCUUUGGAUAUCAAUUAUGCGUUUGUAAUUUCGUGCCAGGACCUAAAAGAAUUUUUGUCUCAUGCUUCGACUAUCAUAUCUAUUUUCUCUAUAAAUUCUAGACAUCCAGUUCAGAUUAUGAUCUUUGCAUGCCCUUUUUUUGUAUCUUCUGAAAUUGGCCAACAUUACAAAAAAGAGCCACAUGUUUUAGAAAUUGAAUCACCAUGACAACUUUUCAGGUUAUGGUUCUUUAGCCAUUUAAUGCAGUAUCAAUGGUUCAGUGUGCUUCAUGAAAUGAAACAUAAUGUAUAGCUCAGCAAUUUUGAGACUUACCCGCAUAUUUUUGCUUCACCCGUCACCACAGAGGUCUUACCUCACCUUGACCAUGGAGCCACUAGGAGUAUGAUCAAUAUAUGAUCAUUCUUAGAGUUGAAAUCAAUUGCUUCCUUCAUCAAGUGAUUCAUAGUAAACCAGUGAACAUGAAUUUUAUGUGUAUAUAUUACUUCUUUGUUUGCCAUUUAUUUUGUUAAAAAUAUUUAUAUGACAUUUUUCAAAGAGCUUAAGGUUAGAGAUGUGGUGCUGUAUGAGGCUAUUGUUAGGAUGGAAGAUAAAUUAAUGUUAAAAUAUUUUUGAUUUCCUUUAUUCCGUAAACGGCAAUACAAGAUAUGUUUGGGCCACAUGAUUCUAUUCCAAAAAUUUAAACAACUUGGCAAUUAACAACACAUCAAAUGUUAUGUAUUGAAAAUUUGAAAUGGAUCACUUUGUCAGGUUGGGUUUUAGUAGGUCAUAAUGGUUUUAUUCUAUGACAAGCUUAAUUUGUUUAUAAUGUAACCAGUUCAAGGAUUGACGAGUUUUUGAGCCCUAUGACCUUUGUACACUCAGGUUCGGCUGUGUUCUUUGUGAAGUAUACGUCAUGCAAGGCUCAUGUGCGUUGCACUUUUUUCACUUUCCAAGCUACAGUCUAUACUCCCUCUGUAAACUAUUAUACUCCAAGCUACAAUCUUUAGUGAUCUGAACGGUCUUAUAUAAAUUACAAAGGGAGUACUUGAAAGGAUAUUCUUUGUAUGUUAUUUGAUUCCAUCAGCCGUACAACCUAAAUUAGCAAUUAGGUAUCUACACAGUGCAGUGGAACCAUUGUGCUUGCUGUAUUUUUAUUUUAGCGUUGAAAUGUUCUUCUUAGUUUGUUCUGUACUGAGAAAUUUUUUUGUUUUCCGGCCAUUGUUUACUAAAUCAUAUAAACAUAUUACCUUAUAUGGCCUUUGAAGUUUCCGUUUUAUAAAGAGCUUUGCACUGAUCAACUUGAGUAUGGUAUGGUUUAUUCUUUUGUGUUGCAGCUAUUCCAGAGAAGUUUAGAGCUCCACAACCUUAGCAGAGAUAAAACAAUCAAUCAGCUGAGAUGCAUCACAUGAUCUUUUUCUCUUGACUUUGAUGGGUAUUGAACCCAUAGAUUAGCUUAUCAAUGGAACUCUUAUCAGCGUUGAGAAGGUGGCACAAAAUCUCAUACACAGGGCGAUCAGCUAAGAAGCAUCGGGAAGGACUUUUAGGAUGGUACAUCGGUCAAAUGCAUCCUAGGAUAGGUCCUUUAAGAAUUAUGGUGUGUUUCCCUCCUUUUGUUUACCAUAGGCACAGAGGUUUAGCCUCAAUUUAUUAUGAUAUUUUUGUUUAGAGUAGAUGCAGAACUGAGACUUACCCAGGUUGUGAGAGUUGGUGAUGAUUCUAUUAAAAGUCCCUUGUUGCCUGCAA